CAUGAACUCAAGUGUACUUGCCCGAAUUACCGGCUUUGCCGCAACAGCCACCGCGCUGUACUAUGGAUUUAGUUAUGUACAAUCCGAAGCCAUUCGCCAACAACCGGAGAAUAUGGAGGAGGUGUUUAAGGGAGAGAAUGACAACAAAGUGAAAGAUAUGAUCCACGCACGUGAUGAGAGACAGAGGGCCGAGAGGAUUGAAAGAAAAAGGGCGCUGAAAGAGGAUUAGUGGCGUGUUGAUCUCGAAAUUUAUGUAUGCUUACUCCCGAUGUAUGUGUGUCUUAGUAAACACAUUAUUUCGUACCACACGUAU